CUGUUCUACGUCAUCAUAUAGCGACAAACGUUUUUUUUGUAAACAUUAGCAAACGAUUCGUGUAGACUGAAGUAAGGAAACCCAUGGAAAGUCUUGUGAGGGUGCAUGGAGGGGGCGGCUAUGACUCCGACUUCAGUGAUGAUGAUGGGCAGGGGGAGUCCUCGGAAAGAGGCAUUAAAAGGAAACGAGAGGAUGAAAUCUUACAGAAGCCAUUCCAGAAAGGGCGGCACUCCCAGAAGGCUCACCGGAGUUUACACUCGAAUGAAGUGGACAGAGAGGAAGCCAGAAACAGAAGAGCCCACCUGAUAUCAUUGAAUGCUUUUGAGCGGCAUAAGAAGUUUGUUGGUGACUACAUACUUUAUUAUGGAGGACAGAUGGCCGACUUCCAUCGCACAGCAGCUAAAGACAAAACAGAUUACGAUGUCCUGCGGGAGAAUCAUCGUUUCCUCUGGAAGGAUGAGGACGAGGAAGACAUGACAUGGGAAAAAGAACUUGCCAAGAAGUAUUACGACAAGCUGUUUAAAGAAUACUGCAUAGCUGACCUAAGCAGAUACAAGGAAAACAAGUUUGGAUUUCGUUGGCGGACUGAGAAUGAAGUAGUUUCCGGCAAUGGUCAGUUCCAGUGUGGGAACAAACGCUGUGAGAAAGAGGAAGGCCUUAAAAGCUGGGAGGUGAAUUUUGCCUAUGUGGAACACGGCGAGAAGAAAAAUGCGUUGGUCAAACUGAGGCUAUGUCCUGAAUGCUCUUUCAAACUCAACUACCACCACAAAAGGAAAGAGGUGAAAGCGAAGCCCAAAAGGGUAUUGGAGGAAAACACGGAGCAACCACAGAAAAAGAAGCAGAAGAAGAAGAAAAGGAGAUCGUCUUCACACUCCAAGAAGCAGAAACACAAGAGACACAGAGACUGUUCAGCUUCCUCCAGCAGCUCAGAGGAGACGCAGUACUCGGACAAAGACUCUGAAGCGGGGGAUGUGCCAGAGGGCCAAUCCGAAGCCGACCACUGGAGAGGACCCGCUCCUGCGGUGGAGGAAAAGUCAAGGGAGGAGGAAUUUGAUGAGUACUUUGAAGACAUGUUCCUUUGACUCUUCUGGAUGCAGCGGGGGACCCUGCCGUGACUACACGUCCUUCAGUGCGCCACUGUUAUUAAGCAUGUUCUGUUUGGAGCCUUGUGUACAUGAGUAGAUUUAUUUGAUUAUAUGUUUCAGUACCGUUGCAGCAAUAAACAUGAUGUUUACCCUCAACAA